CUCAACCAGCUCGACGACUGUGCCGCGUCGUUAGCAUUUUUGUGGGUGUAUAACCUCCUCGCCUUGUUCCGCUCCUCAGAUUCACCUCCGCAGUCGUGCGAGCGCUGCCAGUGUGCCCAGCGAUGGCCUCCUACACCGCCUACAGCGGCUACACCAAGCCGCCGCUGUCUUACGCCGCCUCGUACUACGACGGGAAGCAGCCCUACACGGCGCCCUACACGGCGCCCUACACGGCGCCCUACACGGCGCCCUACACGGCGGCCUACUCGGACUACACGGACUACAAGGACUCAGUGUACGAGGAGAAGGAGAUCAUCGAGAAGCGGAAGCGCAAGUACGCCAUUUGCUGCGAGGUGGUGGCCCUGAUCAUCGGCUUCAUCGGACUCAUCGGCGUAGCGGCGGUGACGGGACUGCCCAUGUGGAGGGUGACGGCCUUCAUCGAGGAGAACAUCAUCGUGAUGGAGACGCGCUGGGAGGGCUUGUGGAUGAACUGCUACAGGCAAGCCAACAUCAGGAUGCAGUGCAAGGUGUACGACUCGCUGCUCUUCCUGCCGCCCGACCUGCAGGCGGCCCGCGGCCUCAUGUGCGCCUCGGUCGCCAUCACCUGCUUCGCCCUCAUCACCUCGGCCGUGGGCAUGAAGUGCACCAAGGUGGUGGACCACCGCGCCCGCACCAAGCACAUCGUCCUGGUGGCCGGCGGGUCCCUCUUCCUGCUGGCCUGCAUCACCACGCUGAUCCCCGUGUCAUGGACGGGCCACAGGAUCAUCCAGGAGUUCUACAACCCGUUGCUGAUCGACGCCCAGCGGCGGGAGCUCGGCGAGGCGCUCUACAUCGGCUGGGUGACUUCGGCCUUGCUCUUCGCCGCCGGGGUGAUCCUGCUGUGUCGCCACGCCCCGCGCACCCAGGAGCCCGAACAGAGGGUCAUAUACAACCCCGCCUCGUACCCCUACCAACCCGGAUCCGCGUACCAGCCGCCGACCAACUACCAGCCCGCGUACACCUACCAGCCUGCCUACUCCACACCCCCGCCGGGGUCUGUAGCCUACACGCCAGUCCAGUACUAGUGAAGGAAACGGCAGAGAGACCGUGAUUAUUUUAUUUUUGCUUGCCGAAAUAGGUGGCA